UGACAUUUCAUGACAUUUACAUGACUUUUGCUUGAUCGUCGCCAUCGUCAGGGCCAGGGCCAGGGCUCUGAGUAUAUUUUUCUGCGCUUCUGCAACAUCUUUUCAACAAAAAAUACAAAAUGGGCUACAAAUUUCUUAAACUAGCUUCCACUUCCAUAAGGCCAGUGAGUGUCCGAAUUGGAGUGAGGUCGUACGCAACAAGCCAUGAUGCAGAUCUCGUGGUUAUCGGCGCCGGCCCUGGCGGUUAUGUCGCAGCGAUUAAGGCUGCUCAGCUUGGAAUGAAGGUAGUGUCUGUGGAGAAAGAACCUACUCUUGGUGGUACCUGCCUAAAUGUGGGAUGUAUUCCCUCUAAGGCUCUGCUGCAUAACACACACUUGUACCACCAAGCACAGCAUGACUUUAAGCGCAGAGGCAUUGAAGUUGGAUCUGUACAAAUGAAUUUCAAAACUCUGAUGGAGUACAAAGAAGCAUCUGUGAAAGCCCUUACUGGAGGAAUUGCUAUGCUUUUCCAAAAGAAUAAGGUCAAGCUGGUAAAGGGUGUAGGCACCAUUGUGGCCCCCAACAAGGUAGAGGUGAAAGGCGCAAGUGGAGUAGAGACAGUUAACACUAAGAACAUUCUGAUUGCCACUGGCUCUGAAGUCACACCCUUCCCUGGAGUUCCAGUUGACCAGAAAAAUAUUGUGGAUUCGACCGGCGCCCUAUCCCUGUCGCAAAUCCCUAAGAAGAUGCUCGUCAUCGGCGCCGGUGUCAUCGGUCUGGAGCUCGGCUCGGUCUACCAGAGGCUCGGCGCUGAAGUCACGGCUAUUGAGUUCCUUGGCACCAUUGGUGGUGUCGGUAUCGAUCUGGAAGUGGCGAAUACGCUCCAGAAAAUCCUGGCCAAGCAGGGCAUGAAGUUCAAGCUCGGCACCAAGGUCUUGGGCAUCAAGAAGGAGGGAGAAACUGUCAAGGUCGAAGUGGAGGCAGCCAAGGGCGGCAACAAGGAGACGUUGGAUUGCGACGUCGUGCUGAUCUCGAUCGGGCGCCGGCCGUACACCCGCGAGCUGGGGCUGGACAAGGUGGGCAUCGCGCUCGACGACCGCGGCCGCGUGCCCGUCAACGAGAAGUUCCAGACCAAAGUGCCCGGAAUUUAUGCGAUUGGCGACUGCAUCCACGGUCCCAUGUUGGCGCAUAAGGCAGAAGACGAAGGCAUCGUUUGCGUGGAAGGCAUUAAGGGCAUGCCGGUACACUUCAACUACGACGCGAUCCCGUCGGUCAUCUACACCACGCCCGAGGUCGGCUGGGUCGGCAAGUCGGAGGAGGACCUUAAGAAGGAGGGCAAAGCGUACAAAGUAGGCAAAUUCCCGUUCCUGGCGAACUCCCGAGCGAAAACCAACGGCGAGCCCGACGGCUUCGUCAAGGUCCUCUCCGACAAGGCCACCGACGUCAUCCUCGGCACACAUAUCAUCGGCCCCGGUGGCGGCGAGCUGAUCAACGAGGCGGUGCUGGCGCAGGAGUACGGCGCCGCCGCCGAGGACGUGGCGCGCGUCUGCCACGCGCACCCCACCUGCGCAGAGGCGCUGCGUGAAGCGAAUCUCGCGGCGUACUGCGGCAAGCCCAUCAACUUCUAAAUAUACAUCGUGUAGUACACUCGGAGACCAGUGGCCGUGGGGCCGAGCGGAGAAGUGGCCCCGACGAUAACCACCAUGUGACGACUCUGCAGUGAUCAGAUUUUUUAUGGUGAAACAGUCGAGACAGUACAAUGAAUAAAACUAAAGUAUAAUAAAUAUAUUAACAGUGAAA